AAAAAUUCGAUGGGUCACAGAAACGCCCUGCGAUUGGCUGCGACUCUGGUGACGUCACAUGCAAGUAAACAAACAUCGCGUUGAACCUCCAUCUACUUCGGUGGAAUGUUAUUGGAAAAAGCCAACAUUGUCAAGAGUAGGGACUACUCUGAAGUACAUCACUGUGCAGCAGAUGUCGAAAAAGGAAGUACCACACAGACCAAGUACAUCAGCACUUUACACAGACUUUGUUUUGGAAGCCAAAAAAAGAAAACUUCAACACUGCGAAUUGAUAAAAUAUCAGGACGAUUUUAAAUACUCAAAUGUUAUGCGGUAUUCGCUGCACUGUUUCAUAAUGGACCAACCACCAAAAAUUCAAGCAGACGUAGACAAUCUUGUAGACAUAAUGAAGACAACAUUCAACAGAGCUGCUAUCAGUGCAAUUGAAGAAGCAACAAGAAUGCAGUACAAGAGCAGCUUGUGGUAUGAGAUGAGGUAUGGCCGUAUCACAGCUUCAAAGGCACAUGAAGUGAGCGUAUGUCAUACACCUGAUGGUUCAUUGGUUGCUACUAUAAUGGGCGCAAAAAUACCAGAUACUAUUGCAAUGAAAAGAGGUAGAAGUUUGGAGCUAUCUGUCCGGAAGACAGUUAGUACAACAUUGAACAAAAAAAUCAGAACAUGUGGACUUUAUGUAUGCCAAGACAAUCCCAUGCUUGCAGCAUCUCCUGAUGGUUUAUUGAAAGAUGCCAUUGUUGAAAUAAAAUGCCCUACCAAAGCAAAAGCUAAGAACAAUUAUUUAAAAAAUGGAAUUAUUUCAGAGAAAUGUAAGGCACAGGUUCAAUUACAGAUGCAUGCAACUGGUAUGAAAAAAUGUUAUUUUUGUGUUGCUGAUAGCAACUUUGACGAAACAAAAAAUGUAGAUAUUAUUCUAGUGAAGUACGAAGAUGAUUAUGUCAACAACUUAAUAAAAAACUUGUAUAUUUUUUGGAAAAAAAUAUAUAUCCUAUUUUGUAUCGUAGCACUAGUCUGUGAUUAUCAAAUAAAAAACUAUGCAGUGCAUAUUUCUUGUUUUAUUAUCAUUUUAUUCAUGGUUUUACAUCAUUUAUUUCUUUAUUUAUAG